UACUUAUUUAACUGGAGAAUGGAAAUGUAUGCCUAGCUGGAAAUGCCUGGGGGAUUUUUACAUCAGACGAAAUGACAAUGAUUAAAAUCUGUUUUUUUCCUGCUCUAAAUAUAUUGAGCGACGUGACACUUGCUUGAUAUUGAAUAGCACUUAACCGUUACCCCCCGCAAACCAGAACGUUAAACCGUUACGGGGGCUGAUAUAUCUAUAUUUUUUACCGGAAAAUACGAAAAAUCUGACAUCAAUUAUUAUAUCUGGUCAUAUACAUCAUUUUUGUAACAGGGAGAGAGUAUCACUUAUUCGUUUUUAAAAUCUGACUGGGUGCGAGUAGAGCUAAUUGUAGCCUAAUCCUUGCCCCAGAGGCGUUUGGGCAGCCCGGAGCAAGAAUUCUUUUUUAGCGCUGCUUUGUUAUUUAGAGACAGGAUUAUUGUCUUUCUUCUCAUAACAGACCGGUAGUAUCAUUUAAGAAAAAAGGGCACUCAAGAAGCUAAAAUACGAAGCAGGAUUUGACCGACUCAAAUUUUAACUGUAUACAAAUAAGAACCGAAAAGGGAAAGGAGAGAUCUCUUCUAUGUAUAAGGAAGGAAGAAGCAUGUCACGACUGUCUUUGACCCGGUCCCCGGUAUCUCCUAUGUCCACACAAGGAAUCCCUCUACCGGCUCAACUGACAAAAUCGAAUGCUCCGGUUCACAUUGACGUCGGGGGACACAUGUAUACUAGUAGCUUGGCUACUCUCACCAAAUACCCAGACUCAAGAAUCAGCCGUCUGUUUAAUGGCACAGAGCCCAUCGUGCUGGACAGCUUGAAGCAGCACUACUUCAUCGACAGGGAUGGAGAAAUAUUCCGUUACAUUCUCAGCUUCCUCAGGACCUGCAAACUGCUUCUCCCAGAUGACUUCAAGGAGUUCCACCUGCUGUACGAGGAGGCUCGGUACUACCAGCUGUCCCCCAUGAUUAAGGAGCUGGAACGUUGGAAGCAGGAGAGGGAGCAGCGCAGGACGGCCCAGCCCUGUGACUGCCUGGUGGUGCGGGUGACGCCUGACCUAGGUGAGAGGAUCGCCCUUAGCGGGGAGAAGGUGCUCAUCGAGGAGAUCUUCCCCGAGACUGGAGACGUCAUGUGCAACUCGGUGAACGCCGGCUGGAACCAGGACCCCACGCACGUCAUCCGCUUCCCCCUCAACGGCUACUGCAGGCUCAACUCUGUCCAGGUUCUAGAGCGUCUGUUCCAGAAGGGUUUCAGCGUGGCAGCGUCCUGCGGCGGCGGGGUGGACUCCUCCCAGUUCAGCGAGUAUGUGCUGUGCCGUGAGGACCGGCGGAGUCUGUCCAUGAACACCCCCAUCAGGAUAAAACAGGAGCCCCUGGACUAGAGAGACUUUAGGAGAGGAGAGGGACUAGCCACGAGGGGCUCCUCACCCCCCUACUGGACAGAACAGAACAAACCCAAACCCUAAUAUCCCUCCACCUCACACCACAGAAACCAACCCAGCAAGAAACACCUAAGUAUUAGCAGAUGCCUGAUAACGUUGCCAGCUCUGAGGAACUCAGUGCUCUAAGGGGAAUGUAGUAUAAA